AUGGCGUUCCUCGUCGAAAACGAUAAACGGUGGAUCGACGUCGAUAUAGGCACUCGAGCCAUUGCCGCGUUGUUCCGCUGUUCAUUCGUGCCGUACUCCUUAGGCACCAAGAGGGGUUUCAAGGAGCCCAAACCCAGUGCACCGACAGAUAGGCAUCUCUACAUGCUAUUGCCGCACGCCAUCGGAGUAUUUCCGCCUAAUCAUGACUACGAUCUUGUCGUCGUGGCCACUAUGACUGCGAAAGCCUUCUUCAAAUUUGCUUUAUUUGCUAUAAAUGAGCUCGAGGCUACUAGACUCGCUUCACCCGCUGGAAAAAAGCUCGAGGCUACACUCGUCUCUAUGCCUAAUUCUGAUAAUAAGAGUUUGGAUAUGCAGUUCGCGAGUUUCCCGGAUCAGAAGAUAAAAGCCUGCCACCGACUCGUUUUCAGAGUGCACUACUGCAGAGUCACGCAUGAGAACGGCCACCUUCUCUCAGCGCCGGAGAAGAUAGAUUUAAAUGGCUGGAUGUUCAACCGAGACCUGCUUGCUCGACUGCACGACUCAAGACACAUGUUCAAGAAAGUGCGGGAUCUGGACGCUGUUGCGGAUUCCUGGCUGUUGCAUGCACCAAGCUCAGUGGAGUAUCGUGCUGCCCUGGUUCAGCUCAUAGUAUGGGGAGAUCAUUGCGGCAUCCUAGGUGGUCGUCUCAAUAUGCUUACUCCAGAGAUGCUGGUGUUCUGUUUUGACCAAGGCUACGCCAAUAUCGACAUUCGAAGUAUGGAUGAACAUUUGGAUCGAGCAACGAUCGCAAAGCUACUGGAAGGGUGCAUGUACAAAUUUGUCAUGGGAUCUCAUUCGAAGGAGGGUUACCUAUCCAUCGUCACGCCAUCGGGGCGUACACUGGGGCGCUCAGUCAGUAGAAUUGACACCACGAAAGUGGCAACCAUGUGCAUAAAGCGAGCGAUCACACGAGAUAUGACCUCAGUGAGCCAAAUUGCGCUCGAUACGCAUGAGGGCCGAAAGCGUUUUGUGGCAGAGCACGAAAUGUUUCUCAAGAUCAUCGUGCACUGCUGGGAGCCUACAAAAAUCGCCCAAAUUAGCUUGGAUUUUUCCCACAUCCUCCUUGCACUGCAGGCAAACGUCCGGAGUUACAUGAGUUACACUGUCAAAACGCACAUCUGGCCCUUUCAAAUUUCUUCGCCUAAAGACGUCGCUGACGGAGAAGGCUGGGUAAACUACAUUGGCCUCUCCCGGUCUGAAGCAAUUCCAGGGCCCGAAAUGAAUUUUUUCCCAGAAACCAUUCGAGGGUUAAUCCACGAGCAGGCUCAAAUCGAUUUCGAAAAGAUUGGCAUGGAUCACCCGCUCUUCGAUCGCUCAGCGUCGCAUCUCGAGAUCAGAGUGGGCUCACAAGCCGAGUUCUUUGGCAACGAGGCGGCAGCCAAUCAUGGGCUCGAUAUGAGAGAAGAUGUGGACUAG